AUCCAACAGAAGGCUCCAGAACAUACCAGGGAGAGGCGGGAAGACACACAGCUCGAGCACAUUCAGCACAAGAGGCGGGAGAUUAAGUGUUUCCGCGAGAGCCAAAGCGUUAAACUGAGCACCACGCGCUGCACUUUCAAACAGACCAGCGCAACUCGCUAGCUGCUCCCCCUCCGCCGUCCGCUCCUCUAUCAGACCCACGGGACUUCACUGGUUCAUCCCUAACCUGACAGGCUCAGCUCAUCCGACCGGGAGACCGGGGCGAACCCAGGAGUAGGGGGACACGGAGGUGGAGGGGGGACAUGCUCGCUCAGCAACCCAGCAGAGUUUCUCCGAGGUGGGCCAAGCUGUGACAGAGGGCCUCUCUCUGGUGAGCCACCCCGCAACCCUGACCGCUCCAGCAGGCCUCACUCCCAGUCCUAACUACUGUGUGUGCCAGGACCAGGCCACCUCCAGCCCAGGCCAGACCACGUCUACCCCAGGCCAGCCCAGAGUGGGUCAGCCCCAGCCCAACCCACCUCUUCCCCAGCCCAGUAGCGGUCCAGGCCCAGUCUCCAGAAGCAUGGCCUUCACCCUGUCAGAGAUCAUGGCUGCGCGGCGGCAGCAGCAGUCCCAGGCCCAGCGGGCGCCAGGCAGGGCGGCCGUGGAGGUGGAUGAAUACAGCACCAACCCCACCCAGGCCUUCACCUUCUACAACAUCAACCAGGGACGCUUCCAGCCCCCGCACGUACACAUGGUGGACCCCCUGCCCCACGACACUCCCAAGCCGCCAGGUUACACCCGUUUUGUGUGUAUCUCAGACACCCACUCCCGUACGGAUGCCAUUCAGAUGCCUUAUGGAGACGUGUUCAUCCAUGCUGGAGACUUCACAGAGCUGGGCCUGCCCUCUGAGGUCAAGAAGUUCAAUGAUUGGCUAGGCACCUUGCCCUACGACAUAAAGAUAGUGAUUGCCGGGAACCAUGAGUUGACCUUUGACCAGGAGUUCAUGGCUGACCUGAUCAAGCAGGACUUCUACUACUUCCCAUCAGCCUCCAAGUUGAAACCAGAGAACUACGAGAACGUCCAGUCCCUGCUCACCAACUGUAUCUACCUGCAGGACUCAGAGGUCACCGUACGCGGCUUCCGCAUCUACGGCUCCCCCUGGCAGCCAUGGUACUAUGGCUGGGGGUUCAACCUGCCAAGAGGUCAGGCUCUGCUGGACAAGUGGAACCAGAUCCCCGACUCCACCGACAUACUGGUCACACACUGCCCCCCACUGGGAUUCCUGGACUGGGUUCCUAAGAAGAUGCAGCGGGUGGGCUGUAUGGAGCUGCUCAACACUGUCCAGAGGAGAGUACAGCCCAAGCUGCACGUGUUCGGACACAUCCACGAAGGUUAUGGUAUGAUGACAGACGGCACCACCACGUUCGUCAACGCCUCGGCCUGCACCGUCAACUUCCAGCCCAUGAACCCGCCCAUCGUCUUUGACCUGCCCAAUCCCACCAGGACCACAUGACUAGAGAAGCCCUUCCCUGCUGAGCCCCCCUCCAAUCAGGAGCCUAGUGGUGGGAAGGCAGGUAGGUGAGGGUGGUGGGCAGGUGUGGUGUGGUGGUGUACUGUAUAUAUUCAAGGCUCUAAUGGAUGCUGUGUGUGUGUGUGUGUGUGUGUGUGUGUGUGUGUGUGUGUGUGUGUGUGUGUGUGUGUGUGUGUGUGUGUGUGUGUGUGUGUGUGUGUUGUGUGUGUGGCACAACACACACACACACAUGCCCAAGUCUCUGAUGGAUGAUGUGUGUGUCUAAAGAGACAGGCGCCGUUGCAAAUCCUCACUUAGCAAAUCCAUGAAUGUUAUUUUAUGUACUGUCAUUCCUUUAUUUCAACAAAAGCUCUUACAAACUCUAAAGUAAGGCAAAAGACAGACCCCAGAUGCCUCAUCUCUCAUAUGAACAUGUCAGCAUUAGUCUGUAAAUCUUCUGUUGCACUUCUACUGCACUGACAAUCUGACCUGGCUGUCAGAUAGAGAAGAGGACAGGGGCAACAGUGUCUCCUGUGUCACUGUUUGAACCCACAGUCUUUCUCUCAGAAGAAGACACUGGAUAACUCUCAUUCUCUCUUGUUCCUCAUAGAGGACUCUGUUAAGCCACCAGUGGAAGUUGCUCAGUGGCGACGUUUUGACAUUGUGACAGUGUGGUCCACCCUUCAUUUGAGACCUUCCCUGGGGAGUGAUUGAACAUUUACCAGUAGGGUUUCAGAACCCAAUGUCCAUGUUUGACUUUGUGGAGCUGUUUGCCAGCACAGAAAGGAUACCCCUGACAGUACUCUGAUAUCACACUUCCUGCACUGCAGAUUAAAACACUGCUUUCCCAUCAUCCCUUUUUCUCUUGUUCCCUCUUUUCCUCUGCCCCUCUAGUUUCACUCUCUCUCUCUCUCUCUCUCUCUCUCUCUCUCUCU